AUGGACGUUAGAGUUCAAUCUUUCUCUUUUGAGUGGUUUCAAGUUUCGAUAUCCUGUGUUUCUGAAUAUCUAUCGGGGCGACGAGGCAUGGCUGAUCUGUCGAUACUGCAAGCCGCUACAACGCGAGCUCGAAGCCAAGAAGCAAUUGAGCUCGAAGAGUCUGGUCACGAUGGACGUCUCCGGCAGAACCAAUCACGAACUGUUCCACCAAUUUAUGAGGCCCCUAAUGGCGGAUAUGCGUGGAUCUGUGCUCUGAGUGUCUUUCUCAUCAACGCCCAUACCUGGGGUGUAAACAGUGUAGGUGCUCUCCCUCUACCAGGCUUAGGGUCGAUUUGGAACUCAAACUGCAUUAUUCAGUCAUGGGCUGUUAUUUUAGCCUAUUAUUCUGCCAACGAGAUAUUCCCGAGCGCAACUCAUCUCGAGUACUCCCUCAUUGGCGGCCUCUCGAUUUCGCAGGCCCUCAUGGUCUCUCCCAUCGUAACCAAGUGCUACCAUCACUACGGUUUGCGGACCAACCUUCUCAUUGGUACUGCACUUGAGUUUGUAGCUCUGUUCAAGACUUCAUACGCUACACAAAUCUGGCAUCUUUUCCUUAGUCAAGGGGUAUGCUUCGGUUGGGGCAUGGGCUUCUUGUACAUCACAGCAUCCGCCGCCUUGCCGCCGUGGUUCUCGACCAGACGAAGCUUGGCUGUGGGUUUGUCUACCGCCGGUGCUGGUAUAGGAGGCGUCAUAUACAGUCUCGCAACAAACUCGGCCAUCCAGAACGUUGGCAUAGAGUGGGCGUAUCGCAUUCUUGCGUUGUGUACGCUCUUGGCCAACUUCGCCUCCGUUCUAACGCUGAGGGAGGUGAAUUAUGGGGUACCACACAGGACGCGAGAAGACCAUAGUCUCAGACUUCGUGACUUUACACGUAUCGAAGUUAUUCUCGUCGUCUUUUGGGGAACGGUCACCGAGCUGGGUUAUAUCACUCUGCUCUACUCGCUUCCCAGUUAUGCUACAUCUGUCGGACUAACGCCAACACAAGGAUCCAUCGCAAAUGCUUUGCUCAACCUAGGCUUAGGUAUCGGCAGGCCCCUUGUUGGAUACUUCAGCGACAGGGUCGGCCGCAUCAACAUGGCAAUGUCCAUGACGGCGCUAUGUGGUGUCUGGUGUUUCGCACUAUGGAUCCCAGCCAAAGGCUUUGCUCUGCUGUCUGUCUUUGCACUUUUGGCUGGAGGUAUCUGCGGAACAUUCUGGGCGACUGUCACACCUGUUCUUGUCGAGGUAGUUGGGGUCAGCAAGCUGGCGCGUAUCUUUGGUGUUAUCUGCAUCUGCAUGGUUCUUCCCACAACGUUUGCUGAGCCGGUGGCUAUGCAGAUAGUCAACACUCAAAAAUCGACGGCUAGCAUCUUCCUUGCGGCACAGAUCUUCGUCGGCUGCACGUUCAUUGCUGGCGCGCUUAGCUUGGUGUUCCUGCGAGCCUGGAAGAUUGCCAAUUUGGAAUCAGAAGCUGCGUCUGGGACUUCAGACUUGUCGCGAAGCAUCUCCCGGCUCACCGGAACCGAAGUUCGGCAUAACCUCUCAUGGCUUCGACCCAAAACACUCCUAAAGCUUAAGAGGGUAUGA